AAUGCAGUAAGAUGCAGAAAAAUCUUUGGCAAAAUUCGUAAUAUCGCACACGUUAUAUUAUAAUACACGCAGUGCUUUAUUCGUAGUACAAUUGCGUUAUUGAGAAAGUGUAACGUACCACCUGCAUGUUCUACUUCACCCCCGCCAUUGGAACAGUAAGGUAAAAAUAGCCGCAACUGCAUAUGUCACGGGACUCUACGGACACUAAGGGCUAGAGAUGGCAAGCACCAGUUACAGGAGACAAAGUAGUCGCGAUAGAUCUGUUUAUAAAAGGCAAACUAGUCGAGAACCCCUUCCUAAUUCUUAUAAAAGAAGGCUCAGUACAAGGAUCACUCCACCUCCAAAUGCUGUGGAUGAUGAACCAGAACCCUCUGCCCCACCACUGGAGCUUUUGGAUAAAGUUACAGGUUAUGAAUAUGCCUCUUUUGAUAUAGUUGAUGUACCACCACCAGUUGCACAUGUUAUGCCAGAAGAUGAAGAAAAUUUAAAUAGAUUACCUUUGACAUGUGAGCCAAAACUAACAGAGAAAGAAGCUCGGCAAGCUUUGAAUAAAUAUGUAUCGAGACAUUGUUGCUAUGGAAAAUCUGUGGCACGGGAUAUGUCCAUUACUAAAAUCAAUCAUUCUUGUGCCUUUCAUUAUACCCUUGAAAGUUUCACAGAAAAGAGACAAACUUCGUGGACCUUUGAACCAUAUACAGGUGAUCCCAUUAGCAGCAUUUCUAGUGGUACACCUACUCUACCUUGGAAUCUUCCAGCUUCACCUCCUGCAUUGUUUCAAAACAGUAGUACCCAAAUUGAAGUGCCUCAUACCGCAGUCGUUAAAACAUGCCAUACUUGUGGCGGAGUAGGGCGGAAACGAUGUUUCACUUGUUCGGGAAAUGGUUGGGAAUACUGCUAUUCAUGUCAUGGAGAUGGACGUAGAAGUUCAUUUCAAGGUGAGAGUGAGAGAUGCUUCCAAUGUCAUGGAACUGGUCGUCAGAGAUGUUGGAAAUGUAAUGGGGAUGGAAUGUCAGCAUGUAAAUGCUGCACUGGAACUGGACAGAUAAAAUGCUUUAUACAACUUCAUAUAAAUUGGACUAAUCAUGUAGAUGAACAUAUUGUCGAUCGAGCUUCAGUCCCAGAUGAAAAAUUGAAAAAUGUAUCUGGCCAAGUUGUGCUCUCAGAAGAACAUCCAAAGUUGAAACCAAUUGAUCAUUUUCCUGAUACAACUAUUAAUAUGGCUUCCUUACAACUCAUCCAACAACAUUCUUCAUAUUUUGUUACUGAAAAAUUACUUAUGCAGCGCCAUGAAGUCCGUAUUAUUCCAAUUUCUACAGUAUAUUAUCGAUGGAAGAAUUUUGAAAGUUCUUUCAACAUUUAUGGCUUUGAGCAUAAAGUUUAUGCUCCUGAUUACCCACAAACAUGUUGUUGUGGUUGCACAGUUUUGUAAUUAAUAAUCAAUAUUUUAUUGAUAUUUCUAUUUUAAUUCAUUUAUAUAAGAAAUAUUUACUCUUUAUAGAAUGAGAAUUUUUUAUUUAUAAUUCUUGCCAUUCCAUAAUUGUUUUAAUCUAUUUAUACUAGUCUUUACACUUAAUAUUGACUGAACAUUAGGUACUCAAAUAUACAGUGAUCUAAAGCAAUUUUUUCAUUUAUAUAAUUUCUUAAGUAAAUUUUAUCAAGUAUUAAGAAAUUAGACAUUGAAAAUUUGUAGUAUUUGUAUACAAUCCUGUUAUGAAAUUACUAUUUUUAUAAAUUUCUCGAAUACUCAGCAUCUAUUUCAUUGCGUUAGAUGCCACAAACUUAAUUGAGAAAUACAAUUUUGACCAUAUUAACACAAAAAUAUGUUUCAGUUAAUAAUUUUCUUUUCUUCUGAAUUGCAAUAUUUUUAAAAUCAAAAAACAUAUAUGAAAAAUGUUUUUAGCUAGUAAAUUACUUUGUUGGUUAUUAAAUUAGUUUUGAAACAAGUCAGCACUGUUAAAAUGAUUCUAUACAAAUUAUAAAGGCAAAUUUUACAAAUUCAAAAUAAAAUGCCAAUAUAAUUUGAAGAAUAAUACCAUCUGAUGAUACCAAUCAUAACAAUCUGUUCUGAUUGAUACGAUUGGUACGAGUCAAAAAAUUUAUCCAAUGAUUACUAGAAUUAACACAUUAUUGUUUUAUAAUACAGUCGACCCCCCUAUAACACAGUAGAUAUGUUCCACUUUAUAAGAAUUUCACAUUGUAGGAAUCCUUAAAUACAUGAGCCAAUCACAGCCUGGCACAUGUGCAGUAU